AAUUCUUGAAGUUGUUCGAAUUUUUAAAACUCUUUAACUGAAACUCUGUCAGUAAACUUUCAUUCCAAGUGAUAUAUAUAUAAUGUAAAUGAUAUAUCAGUGGUUUUAACAUUUGGAUAUUUAUCAAUUCGCAUAAAACUUGGAUGUGUUAAACUUUUCUGCCGUAUUGGAAAUCAAUGCUAAUAUAUUGGUUUUGACCGGAUAGAUGCAACUUGACGAACAUUAAAAUACUAUUAUAAAAGCACGAAAAGUAACAUCUGAUACUCAAAUUACAGUCGAAAAACAUUUAUGAAACUUGCUUAACGCGUAUAAUCUACGUGACCAUAUACCAUUAGGAAAAAGAGUGCACAAAAUGUUAAAUGAAGAAAAUACCUGUAUAUGGUUUUAUCUAAAAGCAUUAUGGGUAAUAACCUAACUGCAAAUAACACGGUUUGACGAUCAAAUUUUCUUUUGCUAUCGAUAUAGGCCGUGACGUAUGAUAAUAUAAUGAUCCUGUGAUCGAUAUCGUCAGAACCCAAUCAACAGGUCCAACUUGUUCCCCUAUAUUACCCAUAGAAACAAAAGCUGGAUAUUUUUUGCGUGCAGUUCUCUAACAAUUGCAUCAAUACGUUGAAUGUGAUGACACAAAAAACUGAAAUGUGCCUGCAUUGACCGACUGGUUCUGUGUUUGACUUGAUUAAUGCACUGUUACAUUUCCCGUAACAGCCUGUAACAGAGUUCUGUCCUAGCUGACUGCCAAUUUUGACUUGUUUGAAGCAUGAUUGUGAUAUAUUUGCUCGCCAUUGCUCUUUCCAUCUCAAGUGGUUUGGGAGAACCAAGCCGGAAAGACCAAAGAGGACCAGUCUUUAGAACUGAACCUUCCUCCAGGGUGGAGUUUUCUAACAGUAGUGGCACAGAAUUGAGAUGUAAUGCUGAUGGUAUACCGACACCCAGAUUGACAUGGCAAACAAGAGAAGGGGGAAAUACACGGGAUGUCCCAGGUCUACGGUACACCAGAUCAGAUGGGACACUUGUAUUCCCACCGUUCGCUAGAAAUGACUACAGACAGGACGUUCAUGACACAGUCUAUCAAUGUUUGGCAGCUAAUACAGUUGGGUCUAUAGUGAGCAGAGAAGUGCAUGUAAGAGGAGUGAUUAAACAAAGAUUCAAUCCCCAAGUUUACGAUGACUUUGUGGUAAGAGGAAACACUGCUGUGCUCCGAUGCCAUCUUCCCACUUUUGUGAAGGAAUAUGUAUCUGUAGAUUCGUGGAUCAGAAACGAUGAUUAUGUUCUAAAAAUGACAGACACAAGAAUUCGCUCGUAUACAGUUCUCUAUUCAGGAGAGCUUCUUAUUCACGAGACUCAAGAAAAAGAUGCCGAAUGGAGUUAUAGAUGCCAAACUAGACACAGGCUUACGGGCGAAAUGGUCGUCAGCGUGAGCGCUGGGAAGAUAACUGUUACAGAACCACAUGCUUCAACAUUGCCCAGAGUAACUUUUAACCAGGCACAAGUCAGGGCUGAAGAAGGUUCACCCGUGCAGCUACCCUGUGUAGCUCAAGGAAAUCCGCCCCCUACCUAUAGAUGGAUGAAGGAUGAAAAUGGAGGGUUGAGUCCUGUCAAGGAAGACGGACGAGUGUGGAUGGUGCAGGGGACGCUGAAUAUCCGGAAGGUGGUGCAGAAAGACGCUGGGAAAUAUCAGUGCAUCGUCAGGAAUAGCAUCGGGGAAAGAAGAAUCGAAAGUGCGCUCAUCGUGACAGCUCCUCUACAAGUGACGUUGCUGCCCCCACACCAAGUCUUGAAUACUGGACAAGAAGCUACCUUCACGUGUAAUGUAACAGGAUAUCCCGUACACACCAUAUCCUGGAAGAAGGACCAGAGGACAAUAGUAGCAUCAAACAGAGUCCAAUUAUUGUCUCGUGACGUACUGCAUAUAGUAUCUCUCAGACGAGAAGAUAGGGGAAUGUACCAGUGUUUUGUGUACAACGACAAUGACGGUGCUCAAGGAACAGCUGAAUUAAAAAUAUCAGAUGUUCCACCUUCUGUUAUAUCAGUGUUUCCUGAACAGACAGCUCACCCAGGCGGAUCCGCGUCCUUGAAAUGUACUGCCACAGGAAAUCCACCACCCCGUGUCACGUGGUAUCUGGACGGCUCAAUUAUUGGCAGAACUGGCCGUAUUUCGAUCGGUGACUAUAUCACCGAGCACGCUCAUGUGGUGAGCUUCCUGAACAUCACAGAUGUGCGUGUGGAAGAUGGGGGCGAAUACAAAUGCCAAGUCAGCAAUGACGUCGGAUCGACGUCACAUUCCGCACGCUUGAAUGUCUAUGGACCGACUUUCGUGAGACCGAUGCCGAACGUUACUGCCAUCUCUGGGGUAGAUUUGAUGGUCAGGUGCCCGUAUGGAGGUUACCCAAUCAAAGCAGUGCGAUGGUUUAAAGGUGGAAUUCUAUUACCUCUUCAUCACAGACAAAAGGUCAGCCAUGGAGGCACUUUAUCAAUUCAGAGUGUACAGAGGGCUGCGGACGAAGGCGAAUAUAGCUGUGUGGUCCGCAGUAUGGACGGCGAAACGGCCACCGGCACCACCUUUGUGUCAGUCGUUGUAUCGCCUGUCAUAGAUCCGCACUUUUUCCGUGAGAGUAACACAGUUGAUGAAGGCGCCAGAACCAAAUUGGUCUGCAUCGUGACCAAGGGCGACCCCCCACUUCGUUUUCACUGGCUGAAGAAUGGCUUGCCUUUUCUGGCUCAUGGGGAUACCACUGUACAGACGACAGAAGAUUCUUCGAUCGUGACCUUCAAGAAGGUCACAUCAGCAGAUCGCGGACUCUACACUUGUGUUGCGACUAAUGUUGCUUCAUCAGCAAACAUGACUAUGCAACUCAUUGUAAAUGUUCCGCCGCAGUUCACUGUUGAGCCAAAAAAUUCAACUGUCGUGCUUGGGAACACAGUGUGGCUGGACUGUGCAGCUGUUGGCUUUCCUGCGCCGAGCAUUCUGUGGAAGAAACUCAUCUAUACAGAAAACACAGCUGGGGAUUUCACCUAUGUUCACUCGAGUCCCAGGGCCCACAGAUACAAUAAUGGCACACUCGUCAUAUCAGACGCUGAAGAAAGUGACGCUGGUGCAUAUCUGUGUCAGGCAAACAAUGGCAUUGGAGCAGGUCUAAGCAAAAUAGUAUCACUACAGGUACUUGUUCCGCCGAGAUUCAAAGAAUCCUUCCAAAGUCGAGCAACUAGAGAAGGUCUCAAUGCUACCUUGAAGUGUGACGCGACUGGACACGCACCCAUCACUAUCACAUGGCAAAAGAACAAGACAACUCUGGACUCAAAAUCGAACAAAAGAUAUUUCAUACGAAACAUAUCUAAAAAGCAUCAGACGACAUCGGAGCUACAGAUACUGAAUGCAGCAAGAAACGACACAGGAAAAUAUACCUGUACUGCAGUUAGUGAAAUUGGAAUGGACGAAUCUGUUAUUCAAUUCCUUGUACAAGGUCUUCCAGAUGCACCAUCAAAUCUUACCGUCCUGAAUACAACUAGCAGAUCAGUGAGUCUCUUUUGGGAAGUGGCUCAUAAUGGCAAUAGCCAUAUAACGGGCAGCAUUGUUCAGUACCAAACCGUAUCUGACUCGCACUGGAACGGACAAACAUCACAGUUGAUUGUGUCUGGAGCUGAAAAUAGCGCCACGCUGCGAGCUCUGACUCCAGUGACUUUAUAUUUUGUUAGAGUGAUUGCAGAAAACGCUUUAGGACAGAGCCGACCGAGUGCUGUUAUUAAUGUCACUACAGAGGAAGAAGCCCCUUCUGGCUCUCCUAGAGAAGUACAAGUUCAUUCAACAGGUGCUCAGUCCAUUAAAGUAAUGUGGAAACCCCCAAGCGAAGAAACACAACAUGGGCAUAUUAAAGGAUAUUACAUUGGCUACCGGAUAUCGAAUUCCCCUGAAAACUAUGUAUUCAAGCAGGUUGAAAGCAACAGUGAAAAGGAACAGCAGUCUACCUACAUUACAGGUCUUCAGCCCUUUACUAAGUAUGAUAUUGUUGUCAAGGCAUAUAACUCUGCUGGUGCUGGUCCUAAAUCAAGCAAAAUAACUGGCAAAACUCUAGAAACAGCGCCUCCGACUUCUCCUAUAGUUCAAAUUGAGGGAACGACAUCUUCAACAAUUGAUAUAAGUUGGAAAAAGGACAUCAAAGAUAAGUCUGCAAUACCAGAAUACACAAUUCACUACAAAAGUGAUGACGGCGAAUGGAAAUCAGAACAGUUAGGUAGUAAUGUGGAUAGAUAUACCAUAACCGGCCUCAAAUGUGGAUCCAGAUAUCAACUCUACAUGACUGCUUCGAACAGCUUGGGAACUGGCGAGCCGAGUUCGCCAGUUUUUGCUAGAACUCAAGGCGCUGCUCCGAUGUCCCCUCAAGAAUCAGUCUUUCUUCAACCCAAUGCCACUUCAGUAUCUCUGCACUUAUCAGCCUGGAAAAACGGUGGUUGCCCCAUCACGCAUUUCGUGGUUCAGCACAGGCCUAAGUACCAGAAUCAAUGGAUCACAGCCAAUGAAAAGCUGGACAUGCCCAGGGAAGUCUACACGAUACGGCAUUUGGCUCCAGAAAGAGAAUACGUCAUCAUGGUCACUGCACACAGUGAAGCUGGACUUACACAGGGGGAAUAUGGAGUCAAAACGUUACCUGCCUCUGCAAUAGCUCCCACUUCUUCUCCAGCUUUCGGGAAAAGGGAGACUGGCCUUCCCUUUUACAAAAAUGUGGCCUUGGUGGUCCCGGUGGUGGUCUCAUCCCUGGUCAUCCUGGUCCUGCUGUUUGCCAUCGUCGUCUGCUUCAGGAAACAUUCGCAAGACAGAAGAGGAAGACACGAUUAUGACAAUAGAAAGCCCGUUGGCGAUUCUUUAAUGAUGAGCGAUAUGACCAAACAGUUGCCAGCCAAGUCAACCAAAUUUUCUCAUUAUACCUGCCCCGCAGGCAAAACAGACUAUGCAGAACCUUAUACUUGCAACGACUCGGCAGCUUCAAGACAGGGUUCUGAUGGACUGUUCGCAACGAUAAAGCGAUGCCCAACAAGACCUAUCUACAUGUCGGCCUCUUACAAACAAGGAUCUGAUGCAUUUUGCACUCAACACAGCACCACCCAUGAAGGCAGCACUCGAUCUGAACCCACCUCCAAUGAGAAAUGGAGCAAUCCAAGGAACAACAGCAAGCCAAUGCGGUGAUAAACCCCGCCUACAGCAGCUUAG